ACAUCGUCGCUUUCGGACUUGUUCGCCUAAGCUCGCUCUCGCCGGCGCCCGCUCUCUAGCUCUUUGUCUCUCUCUACCUCUCACACACUCACGUUCUCUCCGGCUCGCAAGCUUUCGUUUCGUUUGCAACGCGUUCGUUCGUGUUCGUUCGCGUUCGUUCACGUUCGCUUGUGUGGGUUGUUGGAGCCAUUGGGUGAGUGCGAGUGUGUGCUUUUGCUCGUACUGUUUGUUGUUGCGCGCUGGACAAAAGCUGCGGCGCUGCUGCAGCGACGCCACCGAGAGCAGCGGCAGCGAAGACGCGCUCGCCGCUAAAACGUUGCAAGUAGUCGCGUACUUCCGCCGUUACCGUUAGCACCACACACAAAACGGAGCUGCUAACCGCUGCGAAACGAAAAGCACACAGCUUUUGCCGAUUUACCGUUAGCCGUCGCGGCCAUCACUAACUCCUAAAACACAAACAAAAACAAAAUAAUUAACACAGAUGAAAAAUACAAAACAUGAUAUAAAAACCAAAAUUUAAAAUCAAAAAUACACACUUUGUGCAAUUUUUUUCAAGUGUCCCGGCGUGUGUUAUCAACAAAAAAUACGAAAUCCAAUUGGUUACACAUAUACAGCAAGCAGCCCAAUUGUUUUUCCCAUAUACAAAUAAAGCCGCGUGCGUUUGUGACAACAACAAAACUGCCAAACAAACAACAAAUCCUGUAAAAAAAGCCCCCCCGUGCAAAAGGUUCCUAUACUAAAGAAAUAAAAUGCACAGAUUACAAGAGUCAUACUGAAAAAGAAGUGACAAGUGUACUGCUAAUACUAAUUUUUUUUUUUUUUUGGAAAAUGGCAGCUCUCGAAAAGCCCCCAAAAACCAAACUGAAGCUGUCUGAUUAGAAAAUUUAAGCUAGAGAUUUCCAUUAGUGUUUGUGUGAUUUUUUUUUAAACCAAAAAAAAAAAAAAAAAAAAAGAGGAACGUGCAAUAUAAACAAAUAUAGAGGAGUAGGCCUAGGAAAAAAUAACCUUAGACUUACUGAACUUUACGAACGAAAGCCAAUUGGAAGUUGACAUCCCAGUUGGAAUUGGGAGAUCGGCAGGACAUUGCCCUUCGGUGGGUUUGUGUGCCUGUGUCUGCGAAGUUUUGAAACACCUUCGGAAACUGGAAACAAAAAUGAGAAUUAAAAUGCCCGCGGUUCGAAUUGCACAAGAUUCCGACUCCACAGAGAACGAUGCCGUGGCCACGCAGGACAUCCUCACGUGCGGCGCCUGCCAGAAGGCGUUCGCCCUCUCGGACAUCGUCAAGUUUAUCCAGCACAAGGUGCAGCAGUGCAACAAGGAGAACUACGGCCAGUGCGCCACCCAGAAUCCGCAGAUGGACCGCGACGCCGAGGAGGGUCGUCCGCUCAGCCUCGUCAACCGCCGCCCCUCGAUCUCCGCCCCCAUUUCCGGUCGCAAGUCCGCUCCUGCUUCGGCGGCAGCGGCGGUCGCGGCAGCAGCAGCAGCAGCAGCGGCGGCAGCAGCGGCGGCGGCGGCCAGCAGCACGGCCAGCGGAUCGCGGAUACACACACCACCACCGAGUCCGGCGGACCUCCUGGCCGAUGGAGCCAGCAGCACGCCGAAGCGUUUAGUAGAUGAAAACGACAAUACCACGCCGAAGGACAGCGAGACGGGUGCCACCACCCUCGACUCGAACGACGGCCCCGCCAGUCCGGCGGCCAUCGAGCGCCAGUCGUCCGGCGACAGCAGCUGCGAGCUGGAGGAGCAGGAUCGGCGGGAUCAGCAGCAGGCCAAGGUCAAGCAGGAGCCCUUCGAGGAGGAGGUGGCCAGCCACCACCAGCAGGAUAACGAGCACAUGAACGAGAACGAUAACGAUGAUGAGGAGGAGGAGGAGCGGUCGCUGGCCAAGCGGCCAAAGAUGGAGCUGGUCGAUGCCGAGGCCAACACAGUCCACACAGAACCCAGCAACUACACAUGCUCCACGUGCAAGACGCGCUACACCUCCGCCUGGCGACUCAUCCAGCACGUGCAGCACUCGCACGGCGUGAAGAUCUACGUGGAGAGUCCUGGUGGCGGAGGCGCCACUCUGACGGUGGCCACGCCCGCCGCCCUGAACAGCAGCGCCCUCGCCUUGGCCGCCGCUGCAGCCGCCGCCUCCGCCUCCGCUUCCAUUUCCGGAUCCGGUUCCGCCUCCGGCUCCCUCUCCGGCAUGGCCAGUCCCCAGCCGGCGGUCAGUCCGAACGCCUCCUCCGCGGCGGCGACGUCGUCGGCGGGAAAGCGCAGCAGUCCGGCGGCAGCGGGAUCCGGCAUUCUGUCCACCUCGGUCGGGUCCGCCUGCUCCAAUUCGCUGGUGAACACCAGCGGCGGCAGCCUGAGCAACUCCAGCAGCAUUGGCUCGCCGCAGCAGCAACAACAGUUGCAACUGCAACAGCAGCAGCAGCAACGCGUGCAGCAGCAGCAGAGGGAGAACCUGGCGUCGGCGAUGGCCGCCGGAAUGCGCCACCAUCCGCUGCUGCCGCCGCCGGAGGCGAUGCACGCCAAUCCCUUCCAGCUGCUCCGCAUGCCACUGCCGCCCGCCUUGGCGCAGGCCGGCAACGUAGUUCCUACGGUGGCGCCUCUCUUUGGACGCCCCUCGCCCGCCGACCACUACCGCAUGGAGCAGCUGGUGAGCGAGCAGUUCCGCCACCACGGGUUCAACCUCGCCGCCGCCGCCGCCGCCGCCCAGGCGCAGUUCAAUGCCAACGGCCAGGUGGUCGGAGUGCCCGGCGGUUCCGGCGAGCCGCGUCCCCCCUCCUCCAGCAGCAGCGGCAGCCAGCGGGGAUCGGUGCCCCCGGCCGCCCUGCCGCCGCCAUCGCUCAGCUCCCAGCAGCAGCAGUCCGUGCAGCAGUCGGUGCAGCAAUCCGUGCAGCAGCAGCAGCAGCAGUCCGUGCAACAGCAGCAGCAAUCCGUGCAGCAGACGGCGCAGCAGCAGCAACUGCAGGGUGCGCAGCAGCAGCAGCAGCAGCAGAUCACCACCGGCUUGGUGGGCGGCAGCUCCCUGAAACUCGAGCCGCAGCAGAUGGAUUUUUACUCGCAGCGAUUGCGUCAGCUUGCGGGCACAACAAGCCCUGGAGCUGGCAGCACUGUUAACUCGAGCUCGCCGAGUCCCCGACAGAAGCAAUCGCCGCACUUCGCGAGCCCCUCGCCCUCGCAGCAGCAGCAGCAGCAGCAGCAACUCCAGCAGCAGCAGCAGCAACAGCAGCAGCAGCAGCAGUUGGCCAACAUCCCGCGACCGCACUCCCUGACUCCGCCCGAGAAGAUGGGCGACGGCAGCUCGGAGAACGGCAGCUUGAGUCUGAUCCUGGCCAGCACUCCGCGCUCGGCGAGCACGCCGCCCUCGAAGACGGGCGAUGGGGUGGGGGUGGGCCUGCAGGACCCCGUUGCCAGCUGCUUCGCGUGCAGCUACUGCGACAAGAAGUUCCGGUUCGAGAACAACCUGAUCAUCCACCAGCGGACGCACACCGGCGAGAAGCCGUACAAGUGCACCGCCUGCGACUUCGAGUGCUCGCACAUCCAGAAGCUGAUGAAGCACAUGCGGGUGCACCGCAGUCCGGCGGACAACCAGGACGACAACCAGGACAACCAGGACGACGGCAGCAAUGCCGAUUCGCUCGAGACGAACGAGGCGGACAACGACGAGGACCCCAAUCCCGAUGAGUCCGAGGAGGAGCUCGGCGACGGGGACAACGACAACGAUCCCGAUGGCGACGGCGACGGCGAUCUGGAUGGCGAGGACGAGGACGAGGACGAACUGGAGGAGUGCGAGGAGCUCGACUACAAGGCGGAGGACCUCAGCGUGAGCAACCGCAUCGAUGGCAAGAGCCAGAGUCCCAAGACGACCAGCUCCGGGGCCACCUCGCUGGUGGGCGAGCUGAUGGACAAGUUCGGCCUCUCGAACAUCGCCCAGUACAGCGAGGCCUACAAGCAGGCGCUGCAGGAGUCCGGCCGCAAGGAGGCGGCCGCCGCAGCAGCAGCCGCCGCCGCAGCAGCAGCGGCGGACAACAACAAUCGCGGCGGCGCCGGCGGAGCUCCGCUGAGCGACAAGCUGAACGGACUGCCGGUGGCGGCGUUGCGGCUGCGCGAUGAGUUCGCGAAGAACUGCAACAUGUUCCAGCAGCCGCAGGACGGCGGGGCGCCCUCGCAGGUGCCGCUGUUCAACCCCUUCCCCAAUCCCUUCGAGCUGAGCAAGCGCAUGAAGAUGGACGGCGGCGACUGGUGGGGCAUGUCGCAGGCCCUCCACCGCAACGAGGCGCUCUUCGAGAACCUCAAGCUGAAGCCGCUCGGCCUGGGCGGGGCCAACUCGCUGAUCCAGGGGCCGCUGCUCAAGAAGGAGAGCCGCCAGCGCAACGACACCUGCGAGUUCUGCGGCAAGGUGUUCAAGAACUGCUCCAAUCUCACCGUUCACCGGCGCAGCCACACCGGCGAGAAGCCGUACAAGUGCGAGCUGUGCUCCUACGCCUGCGCCCAGAGCUCCAAGCUGACGCGCCACAUGAAGACGCACGGGCGGACGGGCAAGGACGUCUACCGCUGCCGCUUCUGCGACAUGCCCUUCAGCGUCCCCUCGACGCUCGAGAAGCACAUGCGCAAGUGCGUCGUGAACCAGGGCAAGGCGGCCGCAGCCGCCAAUGCGGUGGCCGCCGCCCAAGCGGCCCAGGCUGCCGCCCAGCACAUCCAGGCCGCCGCCCAGCAGGCGCAGGCGGUCCAGGCGCAGCAGGCGGUACAGCAGCAACAGCAGCAGCAGUCGCAGCAGCAGCAGCUGUCGCCCAUGGGCGUGGUGGGGUACCCGCCCCAGUUCGUCGGCGGACACAACCUUUCGCUGCCGGGCAGCGUGAGCGGGGACAACGACUCGAACGCCUCCUCCAGCCUGACCGGCGUCCAUCCGAUUUCGCUCAAGGAGGAGGCAUGACUUUUCAGCGGCUUUCCCGUGCCGCUGGCCCCACCUCCUCCUCCGCCCCUACAGCAGCAGCAGCAUCAGCAGUUGCAGCAGCAGCAGCAGUUGCAACAGCAGUCGC